AUUCGCAAAAGAAAUUCUUUCCCUUGUGCGUUUUGUAUUAAAGUCGUGCGCGUGCAGUGAUUAUUAUAGAUUGCAUCAUCCUUUUUACACUUAAAUAAUCAAUUAAAACAUCUUAAAUAAAUUGCCUGUAUUAUUUUAUAGUUGAAAAUGUUGAGUGCCGCAAGAAUCGUCAGCCGAAAGGCUUUGGCCUCUUCAGGAAUCACUUGCGAUUUUACGAGUAGAAGGAGCUCGACAUUGCUACAAAAUGCAACAGCAUCAUUUAUGCCGGCCUGUCAGUCAAGAUUUACACAAAUUAGAAAUAAAUCAGAUGGCACAGUUAAAGGAGCAGUUAUCGGUAUUGAUUUGGGUACAACAAACUCUUGUGUUGCUGUUAUGGAGGGUAAACAAGCUAAGGUAAUUGAGAAUGCCGAAGGCUCCAGAACAACCCCAUCACACGUAGCCUUCACCAAAGAAGGCGAAAGACUGGUAGGCAUGCCAGCCAAACGUCAAGCAGUCACAAAUUCGGCCAACACCUUCUACGCCACAAAACGUUUGAUUGGCAGACGUUUCGAUGAUGCUGAAGUAAAGAAAGACAUGAAAAAUCUGUCUUACAAAAUUGUCCGUGCCUCCAACGGCGAUGCCUGGGUACAAGGUUCCGAUGGCAAAAUGUACUCUCCAAGUCAAAUUGGAGCCUUUGUUUUGGUUAAAAUGAAAGAGACUGCUGAAGCUUAUCUUAAUACACCGGUUAAGAAUGCUGUCGUUACUGUACCUGCUUAUUUUAAUGAUUCACAAAGACAGGCUACAAAGGAUGCCGGACAAAUCUCAGGACUCAAUGUUUUGAGAGUUAUUAAUGAACCGACUGCAGCUGCUUUGGCUUACGGAAUGGAUAAGACUGAGGAUAAAAUUAUUGCUGUAUAUGACUUGGGUGGCGGUACAUUUGAUAUUUCAAUUUUGGAAAUCCAAAAAGGAGUAUUUGAAGUUAAAUCAACAAAUGGUGAUACCUUCCUUGGAGGUGAAGACUUUGACAAUGUAUUAGUCAACCAUCUUGUCUCUGAAUUCAAAAAAGAGCAAGGCAUUGACCUAACAAAAGACCCGAUGGCAAUGCAACGUUUGAAGGAGGCUGCUGAGAAAGCCAAAAUUGAACUGUCAUCAUCCGUUCAAACCGAUAUUAACUUACCUUACAUCACAAUGGACGCAUCAGGACCAAAACACAUGACACUUAAAUUGUCCAGGAGUAAAUUGGAAGGUUUGGUCAAUGAUUUAAUCAAGAGGACAAUAUCACCUUGUCAAAAGGCUUUGCAAGAUGCUGAGUGCUCCAAGGCCGAUAUUGGAGAGGUUUUGCUGGUCGGUGGAAUGACCAGGAUGCCUAAGGUUCAAUCAACAGUUCAAGAAAUCUUUGGCCGUCAACCAUCACGUGCAGUGAACCCCGAUGAAGCCGUAGCCGUAGGUGCUGCUGUCCAGGGUGGUGUAUUGGCCGGUGAUGUCACCGAUGUUUUGUUGCUUGACGUCACACCUUUGUCUUUGGGUAUUGAAACUCUUGGCGGUGUGUUCACCCGUCUCAUCUCCCGCAACACAACAAUCCCAACCAAGAAGAGCCAAGUGUUCUCAACAGCAGCCGACGGUCAAACACAAGUAGAAAUCAAAGUACAUCAGGGCGAAAGAGAAAUGGCAUCCGACAACAAACAACUUGGACAAUUCACAUUAGUAGGAAUCCCACCAGCGCCCAGAGGAGUGCCACAGAUUGAGGUCACAUUCGAUAUUGAUGCUAACGGUAUUGUACAUGUUUCGGCUAAGGAUAAGGGCACUGGAAAGGAACAACAAAUUGUGAUUCAAUCAUCUGGUGGUUUGAGCAAAGACGAAAUUGAGAACAUGGUUAAGAAUGCUGAACAGUAUGCACAAGCCGAUAAGGUCAAGAAGGAUCGGGUUGAGGCUGUGAACCAGGCGGAGGGCAUUGUACAUGACACUGAGACUAAAAUGGAAGAAUUUAAGGACCAAUUACCCAAGGAUGAGUGUGAAAAACUGAGAGAAGAAAUCAAGAAAGUACGAGAAAUGUUAGCAAAUAAGGACAAUGUUGACCCUGAAGAAAUCCGCAAGACGACAUCAUCACUACAACAGCAGUCUUUGAAAUUGUUUGAGAUGGCAUACAAAAAAAUGGCCGCAGACCGAGAAGGCUCAGCCCCCAAAUCCGAAACAGCCUCCGAAGAAAGCCAAGAAAAGAAGGAAGAGAAGAACUAAAGUCUCCGUCUCGUAUUAAUACCAACAUUCGACUAGACUAGAAAAAGUUUUUAUAUAUCAUUACAAAAAAAACAAAUAGAUUUAAAGUUAUUUUUAUUGUACAUAUUGUCACAUAGUACUAUUUUUGAUUUUGUUAAUUAUUAUUAUUAAGAGAUACAUUAAUAUGUUCUCGGUUUACUAAAAACAAGUGUUGUUUUUAGUAUGCGGGCCUUUGUCAUG